GAGUGGGAGGGGCGAUGCCGCCAGAUGAUAAAGGAGCAUGCUGCUUGGUGCGAGCAGGUAACAGGUCGCAGAAGCAUGGACUUCUGCCUCUUCGGGGACUUGAACCAGGUCGUCCCCGACGGCACCAUUUGCGAAGCGGACACCUUUUCAGAGAAGGUCCACAAGAUCGCGCAGGCACCACUGUGUAGCAGCCAGUACUGCCACGCCCACAACAGGAGGUGCCCGCUGUUCGGGCCUUCAACAGCGGCAGCCUGGGAGACCGCGGGGCUCCCUUGUCCGGAUCACAGUCGGGCAGGCCUCCGAAUGUGCGAGAACGGCAAAACAGCCGCCACCUUCGCGUGCCAUGCGAAGAGACACAUCGAGAAGCGCACGCCCGUGAUUUUGAUCGAGAAUGUGCAGGAGCUCCGGGUGCAGAUGCUUCAGCUCCUUUAUGGCUACCACUACUACCUGCAUAUCUUCAAGGUCAGCUGUGACGACGUGGGUCACCGAGGUGCGGCCAGAAACAGGCUGUACGUUUUCUUGCAACACAAAGAAAGGGUGCGCAUGGCCUACGAUAUUGUGGCUGCCUACCGCGCAGUUGCGAAGACGAUCCGGAAGGCUGUGCAGACCAAGCCUCAUGACUAUGUCUUCUCUCCAUCGUAUGAAAUUCGGCGAGAGGGCGACGAUCUGGCGUGGAAGAGAUUGAGGCGAGGCUUGACAGACCAUGAGUUCGAGAGCAUGGACUUCCGGCGGCUCCUGACCAAGAGAGAGAAAACCGCCGUUCAAUCCUUGUGCGCUACGUACCGGCGCCUUUUCAAGAAGCAAGCCGAGUCGGACCACGACUUGAUUGCCAAUCUUCGAGACAAUCCACACAAUCGCUUGGUGUGGAGCGCGACCUCGGGCCGCAUCCCAACCUUGCGAAUGUCAGGCGGCUUGCUUUGGCACUUUGCCACGAGGAGAUGGUUGACGGCCCGCGAACGGCUCGCGACCCUGGGCUUUCCAGUGGAACCGGGGACAGCAGCAACCAUGGGAGUGCCAGAGCUUCCUGUGACCUGCACACAACGCGCAGCCGCGGUAGCGGGGAACUGUAUGAACUUUUCCAUGGUUGCCGUACUCCAGCUUGUAGGCUUGUGUUGCUUCGAGAUGAUCGACUGA